AUGCGGAUGCGUUUAAUGCGUUACACGUAUAGCGUGGUAUACGUGCCGGGUAAACAGCUAGUGUUAGCGGACUCUCUCUCGAGAAAUCCGUCAAAGAACAAAGAAAAAAGAGAGGUCGAUAUUUCUGAGGAUCUCGAUGUUUACAUAAAUUUUAUUGUAGAUAAUUUACCGGCGACAAAAGAUAUCUUAGAGAGAAUCCGCACACAACAGGAAACCGACUACGUAUGUUUAAGAUUGAAACAAUAUUGUUUAUCCAAGUGGCCUUCAAAAAACAAUCUGGCAGCUGGGUUAUCACCCUAUUAUCAGCAUAAAGAGGAAAUCUCCCUCUGCAAGGGAUAUUUGUUUUUUGGCUCACGGUUAAUUAUACUACCUCCCUUGCAACUAGAAAUACUGCAAAAGAUUCAUGAAGGGCACUUGGGUAUAAAUAAAUGCAGAGACAGAGCCAGACAGUCAGUUUGGUGGAUAGGCUUAAGCACACAGUUGGCGAACUUGAUCGAAAACUGUCCUGCAUGUAUCGAGGAGAGAGGAAACAGAAAAGAACCAUUUACUAGAGAAGAAUUUCCAGAUCGGCCGUGGUAA